AUGAAUUCUACAAGCUGUAAAUGUGGAAGAAUUCGUGGUGAAUUAAAUAAAACAAAUUGGACUCGGCAUUUGGAGUCUUGUAGUAAAAAAAGAAAACUUCAUUCAACUUCAAUAACUUCAUUUUUUAAACUACCAGUUAAAACUUCAUCAACAACUACAUUACCUUUGCCAACAAGAAGAACAGAAAAAAUCAAUGAUAAUACUGAUAAUGAUCCUGCGACGGUAUGUGCAAUUGAGGAUAAUGUUAUAACUUCUAACGGACAAUUGAAUAUUAUGAACAGCAAUACUUAUGAAGCUAAAGAUACUUUUUCUGAGGAUAAUGUUAUAACUUCUAACGGACAAUUGAAUAUUAUGAACAGCAAUACUUAUGAAGCUAAAGAUACUUUUUCUGAUAUUUUUAGUACACCAUCAGCAUUUUUAAAUGAUCCAGGGAACUGGCCUCUUCAUAUUCCAUGUAGCAUGAAGGGCUAUUAUCUGGAACUGGGAACAUGUCAACCAACUCCCAUUGAAUUGUUUAAUAAUAUAUUUCCAAAAAUAGGAGACAAAAAUGGUGAAAUCAGAUCAUUCCAUGAAAGUUAUUAUACCAAAACUUUGCCAGAUGGAACAUGUUCAAGACGCUCCUGGUUAUCGUACUCACCAAGUUUGAACCGUAUUUUCUGCAUUUCUUGUAAAAUUUUUGGAUUGCCGAAAGCAAAAAAUAUGAUAAUGGCUUCUUCAGGUUCAAAUGAUUUUAAAAAUUUAAAAAGAAAUAUUGAAGCUCAUGAAACAUGCAUGCAUCACUUGCAAGCAGAAAUCAGUCGUACUUUGUUUGCAAGUAAUUAUAGGAUUGAUGUUGAAAUAGUCCACUCAGCCAACCAAAAAAUAGCAGACAACCGAGAGAUAUUAAAAGUUGUAAUUGAUGUGCUUGUUUAUAUUGCUCGACAAAAUAUAUCUUUAAGAGGGCACAAUGAAUCUUGUUCUUCAAUGAAUAAAGGUAAUUUUUUGGAACUUCUUCAAUUAUUGGCUAAAUAUCAUCCAAUCCUUCAAAAUCAUUUGAAUAAGAUUGGAAAUAAAAAAAAAAAUAGGCUAACUCUAUUGUCACACGAUUCACAAAAUAAACUUUUAAAAAUAUUAGCUGAUAUAGUUAGAUCGUUUAUUUUAAAGCAAGUACAAAAAUCUGGAUUAUUUUCCGUUAUCAUUGAUACAACAACUGAUAUCGCUAAGCUAGAACAAUUUUGUCUAGUGAUCCGUUAUGUUGAUGAAUAUAAUAAAGUCCAAGAGCGAUUAGUAUCUCUAGAAACUGCUCCAGACUCAUCUGGACUUGGGAUGUUUCAACUGUUUUCCAAAAUAACGGAAACUCAUAAUAUUGAUUGGAAAACACAGCUCUGUGCACAAGCUUAUGACGGAGCAUCAUGCAUGCAAGGUAUUUAUUCAGGUUUAAGAACACACAUACAGAAAGAAAACCCCAGAGCUGUUUAUAUCUGGUGUUUUGCUCAUGUGAUUAAUUUAGUGGUUGUUGACACAUGUGACUGUUCUGUAGAAACAAAAGUAUUUUUAGGAGAUAUUCAAGCAAUAAACGAAUUUAUGCGAGCUCGCAAAAGAACAGCAAAAUUUAUUCAUUAUCAAAAAGAAUGUUUUCCAAAAGAUCGAAUUCGGCGUCUAAAGCAUUUUUCUACUACCAGAUGGACAUCUCAUGGGAGAGCUAUUGAUGUAGUUUAUGAAAAGUAUCAAGCAUUACUAAAAACAUUAAAUUAUUUAUCUACUGCUGAUGAUUUAGAUCGUGACACUGUAUCAAAAGCAAAGAGUUUAGCUAACACUAUUAGUUCAUUUAAGUUUAUAAUAUCAAUGGAAUUAAUGAAAUCCAUUUUUUCUAUAACCACACCUUUAUCAAAAUGCCUUCAAUCAAAAAAUUUAGAUUUUAUCCAAGCUCUAGUACUUAUAGACGAAGCACAGAAAAGUUUACAAUAUAUGAGAAGUGAUGAAGGAUUUAUGAGCCUAGUGAACGCAGCCAAAACUUUUUCAUCUAAUCAGAAUCUAACAGAAGUUGACUUUAGAGAAAUCAGACAUAGACGUAAAAAACAGAUGGCAGGAGAAAUAGCAAUGGAUGAAACAGUAAUGCUAGCAAGUGAACGUUACAAAACCACUGUGUACUUUGUAGUUUUGGACACAAUAAUAAACGCCAUUUCCACUAGAUUUUGUGAAGCUAAAGAAAUUCUAAAGGACCUAA